UUCUUUCCUACUUGAGCCUCUCAAUUCUUUAGCUUCAAUCCAAACCCAGACAAAGUCUCUCAUACAACCUUAGUAAAAGCACUCAAAAAAUGACGAACCCCAACAAAGAUUCACGCAGUAAAAGGAAGAGGUGCUUGGCAUACAUAAUUGCUGGGGUCAUAGCACAAACCAUAAUCAUAGUUCUCUUUGUGCUACUUGUUAUGCGCAUCAGAAAUCUGAAGGUACGAAUUGAUUCAGUCUCUGUGGAGAGCCAUACGUACACCAAUUCCUCAUUUAGUGUGAAACUAAAUGCUGAAAUCAGUGUUAAAAACACCAAUUUUGGUGAGUUCAAAUUCGACAACAGCACUGCUACAAUAUCUUACAAUGGUACUAAGGUUGGAGAGUUUACUAUAAUUAAGUCACGAGCAAAGUUUCGAUCGACCAAGAGGUUUAAUGUCACGGUGACAGCAACAUCAGCCAAAGUUUCCACCAAAUCUCUAUUGGCUAGUGACCUCAAUUCUGGAAAAUUACCAUUAACAAGCUAUGCCAAAUUGAGUGGAAAGGUACAUUUGUUAAUGAUUUUCAAGAAGAAAAAGUCUGCAGAAUUGAGUUGCAGCAUGGCUGUUAAUACCAAGUCACAAGCUAUCGAGAAUUUGACAUGCGAGUGAAAGUGCUCAACUGCUCUUUCUUUUUCUUUUUCUUUUUUCUUUUUUU